GUUGACUUAACUCAUAGCAUGCCAUCAUUUUGGGAUGCCGAAAUGGAUAAAGUAGAUUUUUUACCUUCAGACCUAGGCCUUUUUACAAAUUAUCCUUCAUCGCCUGCCAUAGAUGAAUAUCAAGUCAAUGCAAAAGCUCUAGCUGAUAAAAUUGCUCUAAAAAAGCCUACCAUUGUUAGUCAUCCUUCUUUUACGGAAUUACCUCGUUUUAAUUAUUAUUGCGCUAAUGAAGCGUUGGCAAUCCCUUAUGUUAGUCCCAUGCUUGCUGAGUCUUUAGGGAAUUUACCACCUAUACUAUGUCAAGUUGGAGGUGAUGAAAAAUUGCAUAACGAAGCUACUCUAAUUAGCCAUAAAGCUGCGAGUCCUCAUGAAUAUCAAUUGCCUUCAUAUGCAACUAAAAAUUUUGAAAAGUCACCUUUUAAGAAACCUACUAAAGUUAUACUUGAAAUUUAUGAUGAUAUGCCCCAUGCAUGGCAAAUGUUUCCUUUUUUAAAACCUUCUCAAGUAUCGAUGAAACGUUGUUGUGAUUUUAUAAAGCGUGUUAUUUUUAUUGAAGACAAUGAUAUAUCCAUGAUUGAUCUUAUUAAAGAAGAGGCAGUAUCCCCUUCUAUUUCUGUUUCACCCUCAUUUCUUGCAAUGAGAGUUAAUACAGAUGGUGUGAUCAGAGAAUUGAAUGAAAAUGAUCGGGAUUGUCUAAAAUGGGAUAAAAUUGGCGUAGUACCUAAACCUAAACCUUAA